CUCCAACCUAAAACCGCUCCUGAUUUUCAUCGACACAAAGUGAUCUUGGGACUUCCAUUUAUAUGCUGUCCAAUGAACCACCAAGGCAACUGAUUUAACAAGGAAAUGCUAGCUGGGGACAAAUCACACCACCAGCCAGGUAUCCUCUCGCUUUCUAGAAGGAGGCCGUGACAGGAACAUCAUGGAUAAUACAGCUGCGACUGCGAUGUGUUGUACUGCUAGUGAGCUCCUCUGAGUUCUGCCAAGCAUUCAGGCUUGGAACUUCAGCGCCAACGCUUUGUCAUUUCUGUUAACACACACGGCUCCAGAAUCCUUUUACCUUGUUUCUGUCCUGCUAUAUAACCAUAGUUUCCAGCUUCCAAGAACAUGGAGGGUAAAAUGGAGCAGAACUCGGGAGAGAUCAGAUCAGGAGAGGCCAUGAGCAUCUUUGGUCAGAGCAUCGACGUGAGGAGGUCUGGGAGGAGCAGGAGAACGAGAAGAGCCACCCACAAGAAAUUCUCGCCUGCGAACGACUCGCCGGCGAGACCCAGCCUGGAGAGGCUGCACCAGCGCAGGGCCGUCGUCACGGAGCGAGAGCGCGGCCGUGCCGAGUCCGAGCUGUCGAGAGCAACUGGCAUGGCGCAGGAACUGGAACAGCAGAUCGAGCAGGCUAACGCCAUGGCGAGGUCUUCUCACAGGUCGGAGCUCCAAAGAACACAUCCCAGCGGCAGCGGUAGCACCAGGAGGAAGAAGCUGGGGCUGUUGGUGGACGCCGAGGCACCCGGCGCCGACCAGCCUCGGGGUCAGAGCAACACGCUGCUCGUCGAGGUGAUGCAGGAGCUGGACCGCGUCAAGAGGGAGCUCCGGGACCUGCAGCGCGAGGUGAAGUCCGCGAGGGAGACGCCGACGCCGACGCCGACGCCCGGAGCGAUGAGCCCCGGUUCGCGUCCCCUCGACGGCGCGGAGCGAGAGGCCGGCGAGGAUAACGAGGAGCGUGGCCGUGGAAUAGUGGAGCUCGCCGUGGCCGGCGGAUUCCGCGAGGGGGUGCAGGCCACGAGGGCGCUUGCCGACGUGCUGCGAAGAGACAGGAGCCUCGGAGAUCCGAGCGACCCUGAGGACAGGUUCGCCACGGCGAGCAGCUCUGACGUGGGACUCGAGUCCGCGGACACGGCGGUGGUGGUGCCAGCGACGGAGGAGGCGGGCCACGCCGAGUCCGCACUGACGAUCGUGCAACACGGUGAGCACGAACACGACGGCAGCUCGUCACGGCAGGCCGCGGAGUCCGAGCUGACCUCGGCGAGGGUAGAGCUGGAGUCCAUCAAGGAAGAGGGAGCCCGGUUCACCGGCUCCGUGGAACGCACGCGCAUGGAGACGGCGCGUGUCACCGAGGAGAUCGUCCUUCUCGCCGAGCAGGAAGAGAGGGCCAGCGCGCAGGUGCAGCAGCUGAACGCCAGGCUUCUCAGGGCCAGGACCCGGCUGGACGCCGCCACGGCCGCUGACGAGAGGGCCGAGGCGGUGCUCGCCGAGCUGUCGGCCGCGCUGCGGCAGCUGGGCGAGGAGACCGAGGCGGCGGAGAAGGACAGGACGCUGACGGAGCUGGAGAACCAGUGCGUCAGAGAGGACGCGGACACCGUCGGCGCCGAGAUCGCGGCGGUCGAGCUGAGGGUCAGGGAGUCGGUCAAGGAGCUCGAGGCGGCGAGGGCGUCGGAGGCCGUGGCGACGGCGAAGCUCAGGGCCGCCGUCGAGGCCGCGACGCUGGCCAGAGCGGCGGUCAUGUCGCAGCAGACGUCCGGGAACGUGACGAUCGCCAGGUUUGAGUACGAGUACCUGUCCGGCCGCCCCGAGGUCGUCCGGACCGUCGCCGAGAAGAAGGUGGCCGCGGCGAAGGCGUGGGCGGAGGCGCUGCGCGCCGGCGAGAAGGAGAUAGAGAUGCGGAUCGAGAUGAUCGAGAAGGAGAUGGCAGAAACGAGGGCCAAGGAAGCGGAUGGUACGGACGGCACGAGUGGAGAGGAGCCUGAACCGCGUGUUGGCUUGCAGCGCGCGCAGACGCGGAGGAGGCCGGCGCUGAGGGACGCCGUGGAGCCAGACACGUCGAGGACGACGGGGACGUCGGGGACACCGUCGUCGUCGGUGGUGGUGCGGAAGCAAAGGCCACCGUCGUUCAGCAUCAAAAGCAAGAAGACGAGGACUGUGGUGUCCAUGUACCUGAAGGCCGUCACCGGGAAAUGUGGUGGAUGAAUCAUGCUCCCCAAAAUUUCAUAGUUCAGAUUAAAGCUGAAUGCAAGCUGGGAGAGAAGUCUUAACAUUAUAUUGAGAGAUGCAGCAACUUUCUCAACAGCAAACGCAUGGAAGAACUCAUGCAAUCCGACGGUCAUGGUUUGAGCCUGUACUCACUACUCAGUAGACCAAGGAGAAAAAAACUGUAAAUUCUAUAUGCAAAUAAAUAUGUGGAUCCUGUGCUUGUA